AUCUCAUCCCCCGUCACCCUCCGCCACCCCCCCAGCAAAUCCCUCAUACCGCGUGACACAACGUAAACCCGUGAAUGUGUAUGUAUGUUUGUCUGUGUGUUUGUGUGUAUGUGGAAAAAUGAUGUCUAUUUCUAUCCAUCGUCAGUACGCAAUCGUGCGUCGAGAACUCGGAAGAGACGCUCCUGUUCGGCAACGAAUGUUCGUCUCAGAUGCCAGAAUGUUGGUGGUGUGCAAUGGAAUCGGGAAAAUUUUCUCAACUAGUUCGCAAAAUAGUGUUUGAACAUUAGUUGGUUCGUUGUGGUGCACAGUGAACGUUUUAGUAUAUUUAAAACACACCAAAUUUAAAAAGAAAAAGAUCAAAAAAAAAAGGACAGUAACUGCAAAAUAUUUAAAGAGAGAGAAAAAGAACAUACCUAUGCUGAAGAAAAACAUAAAUCACAUAAAAUAAAUAUUUUUUCGGGCAGUGACAGUGACAGCCACAGUUCGCAAUUGUUUGUUGUAAAUUUGAGCACAAAAAAACUCACAUUCAGAGCUUUCGAACUUGAAGGAGAAGAUGAAAAAAUAAAUUCCUUGACUGUGAAAUUUCGUACAAUCUGGACUUUGAGGGACUUUCUCUAACAACACAUAGCCACAUCCAAGAAAAAAAUCUCUGUUUCUGAAGUUUCUGGAAAAUUGCGCAAAAUUAAUCACAUUUUGAUCCACCAGACAGAAGAUUAAAAGAGAAAUCAGUGAGUGAGAAAAUUGAUGGGGAAAUUUAAGAGUUUUUUCUUUGUUGCUUCACCACGAACCGUAUAUGGAGACAAAUUGCUCUGAAUUCCUCUGUGGAAUGGAAUUUCUAAAAUGGUAUUAAAUUAAAUAUCACAAACACACUCAUUUUCAUCGUGAAUUAAAAAAAAAAACAAAACUUUUGUGGUUGAAAGUUGCAAAAAAGGGGUGAGAAAAAGGAAAAGUGAAAGGACAAAAGCAAAGGCAAUAACUUUUUUUUUUAAAUAUUAAUAAAUUGAAAUCAUAUUUUUUUAAAUGAAAGAAAUCGAAAUGAAAUAAAUAAUUAAGAAAGAAAAAAUCACAAGUGAUGCAAGAACAAACACUGUGAAGACUUUUCACACUCAUUCAAAGAAAAGAAGAAAAACUGAAUGAAUCCAAAGUGGAUUAUAACGUGAUAUUUCGUGAGAUGAUUGUCAAUCAAUAAAUGAUUGUAAUUCAUGAAUGAAAUAUGAUUUAUUUACGACGGAAGAUCUACACAGCUUAUAUUUCAUCAUCUCUAAUUCAUAUGUGAUUUACUUAAACAAAAUUUAAAAAAAAACGUGGUUUUUACUUUCACGAGUGUGGAGAGAAAAAAAGAAUCUUCCAACACAAAGCAUAAAAAACAAACGUGGUGCAAAAACAUUUUAAUUCCCUUAAUUAAAACACCAAUAAUAAGACUUUAUUUUUCAACUCAAACUAAACUAUAACCUACGGAUUAAAUCUUCCCAAAGUGAAGAGCACACACAUGUAAUAAACGUAAUAUAAUGGUUGUGUAAAAAAAAAAGAAUAAUAACAAUUUUGUUUACUAAUUAUUAUUCCUAAGAGGAAUUAUAUAUUUAUUUAUUAAAAGCUUCACUCACAUGUUAAGAAAUACAUGACUGGUGUGUAAAUGUUUUUUGAAGGGGGGCAUUGUAAGAGGGUAAAGUAUCUCGUAUACCCCACGCGCGUAUAUGCAAAGGUAAAAUAAACAGAAAUUGUAAUAAUAUUGUGAAUUAAUUUUACGUUCUCUCUCACACUAAACUCAUGUCUAAUAUCUUAAUAUUUAAUAAAAACAUUAGACAAUGCUAAAAGAAAAAAAUGAAAUGCUCAAAAUAACCCCAUUUUAAAAGAAAAGAAAAUUAAAUUAAAAAAAUAAAUAAAACUGUACAUUAAAAAAUCGUUCGAUUUUAAUCUCGAGUGGUUGUGAAAAAUAAUCUAUAUACAUAUAAAUGAAAAGAACUCUUAUUUGUUUUUUUUUAAAUGAAAAGAGAAUAAAUAAAAGUGUAAUUUGGAGUUGUGUAUAAUGAAUUACCGUCCUCUUAAUAAUAAUUGUGAAUUUUAUCAAUAAAAUAAUUAUAAUUCAAAAUAAAAUUAAAAAGAAAGAUAAACUAGUCAGUACACUGGGAAAUGUACUUUUUUUGAUGACAGCCUAGCAAAAUUGCAGUAAUAAAGUGACUUUUUAUGUUGCUCAACACAACAUCAAAGAUCUCAAACACGCACGAACGAUAUAAAAUUCGAGAUUUUACUGCAAGAAGUGACAUUGUGGACAUUGCUUUAAUCACAGUGCUUACUGUCACAAGGAAGUUGUUCUAAAUCAUCCAAAUUUUCCAAGUUGAUUUUCCUCCUGAAUAUACCUCCGCCCUCCACUUCCAUCAUAAACUAUCCCCAUUAAUUGUUUUUCAUAAAAACACUCCCCCACAUAUAUAUGCGACCUCCUUAUAAAGAGAAGAAAAGUGACAAAAUAUCGUAUAUUAUUCUCGUAGAGAAUUUAUGUAGAGAAAAUUAACUUUGGGAAAUUAAAGUCCAUAAAAGAAAAUCAAUGUAAAAAAUAAUAAGUGUUUUAUAUAAAUUAUUUAAUUUACCAAACUCUACCUAUUUUUUGGCAAAACAGUAAAGAAUUAAAAACAAAAAAAACUAAAUCAACUUAAAAUAUAAAUUAAAAAGUGAAUAAAAAAAAUGUGCCAAGUGGAUACAGUAGUGUGUAAGGGUGAAUUGAAUGUACAAAUAACAUCAACAUUGUCAUUGGAAUCAUCAUCCCUCUCCGCAUCAUUAUCGCAACAAUCAGCAGCUCCAAUAAAAGCAUCAUUGUCGUCUUCAUUACUUAUUGCUGUAACAACUUCAGGCGAAUAAAUUGCUCAUUUUGGAUUAGGCGUUAUGUCGGAUGUGAGCGAGAGCUGGUGAUGAUACACUUUACGUGGAAUUAGGGACUCUUCUCCGUUUUAAGAUAUCGUAUUCAAUCUGCUGAUACUCUAAUGUCACAUUUUUGCUGUAGUCUCGAAUCAACGUGAAUCUACUGUACAUAGCAAAAAGAUAUGGCAGCUGUAAAUUCUGUACAGAGUGGGCUACGACUUCCUCUGGCAGGCUUGGCACCCCCACGAGUUCUCAUGUGCAGCGCUUCGAUGGGUGCCGAGGGAUCCGUUACACUCCAAUUGCGUGAAGCUGUGCAAGCACCUGACUCAGCAGCACCCCUGGAUGGUGCUCUCACGAUAGGCUAUCCCGAUCCAGAAAUUCUGGCCGAUAUGCUGGGUACGCUGGGAAAUUUGCAAGCAGCAGCAACCAAUACAAGCGGUAGCAGUGGUAGCAGUAGCAAAAAUAAUAAUGAGGCAUCAACACCAAAUACCAACAAUGUGAUGUCAGUGAAAAAGGCACGACCUAAAACGGCAUCACCAACCCGUCAUGGUCCUCAGCAGUGUCAGGUUUGCAGCAAAGUGUUUGGGAAUGCCUCCGCCCUAGCUAAGCAUAAAUUAACACAUAGCGAUGAGAGGAAAUAUGUGUGUGGGAUGUGUUCGAAGGCAUUCAAGAGGCAGGAUCAUCUGAAUGGCCAUAUGCUGACUCAUCGAAAUAAAAAACCAUAUGAGUGUAAAGCCGAAGGUUGUGGAAAGUCCUAUUGUGAUGCUCGAUCUCUUAGACGACAUACAGAAAAUCAUCAUAGCUCCCUGGCAAUGACACCAACAACCCCGCAUUCAUCAUUGUCAUCCUCAACAGGACCACCAACUGGGCUAAGCUUGUCACCAGCCACAGCUAGUGGUGACGCGAGUUCACCACACGGAGCCACUUGCAUCCCCUUUAGUUCAGCCAGCGACAACAUAAGUUCCAAACCCUCAUCACCCAGCUCCCCAGCGGGAGUCGGCAAUGAGGGGCUAACACGCCAACAGUUGGAUCUCAUCAGUCAAAUUAUGCAGCAGACGAAACAAGCCAACGCGGGUCUGACAGCCUCAGCUGGACAACGCCAGACACCACGUCCGAGAACAUGGAAUAUGCAGACCCAAUUGCAGCAAACACAAUCAAAGUUGUCACCAAAUUCCGAAAAUGCAGCAAAUAGCAUCAAUUCAUCAUCCCCAUCUAUAGGACCGAAUGUGCCAAAAUUGGAACAGAAGCCGGUGGAGUGCAAUCUGUGUCAUCGAAAAUUCAAGAAUAUUCCAGCCCUUAAUGGGCACAUGCGUCUCCAUGGCGGGUACUUCAAGAAGGAUGCCGAAACGAAGAAAUGUGAUAAGAAGGAGACACCAGGACCACCCCUUCAGACAGCAAGUGUGGGUGUAAGAGCUCUCAUUGAGGAGAAGAUUAUAAGCAAACGAAGCAAGGAUCUCAAGGGUGCCUUUGUUGUGCCUGCACCACCAUUAGCUGCGCGUCGUCUUUCCGACACGGAGUCUUUUCUAUCCUCCAAAUUGACGCCAUCCACCUCAGCUGGCGUCACCCUACCCAGCUUGUGUCACACAACCACCACGACAAUUGCCACUGCGCUCCAAAUUGCAACGAGUGUUGCCCCAACUGUAGCUGGCAAGACCACAAAAACCGACGUUGUACUCUCGUCUUCCCAGCCAGAUAGCAAGGAUGCUACGUUGAUUGAGCUCCUCAAGCGCGGCACGAAGGUGGCGGUUAAGAGGACAAGCUCAGAUCCUGGGACGGCAGCACAACCACCACCGCCACCCCUUGUUGCCGAAACAUCCACAGGAUCGUCUGUGACUAAGAGUACACCGGGAACACCCACCACAACCCCACCACUAGCACUGUCGAUUGGCACAAACGAGAGCACCCCCCUGGCACUGACAAUCUCCCAAGAUGCCCCGGGGACGAGUGAUGUGUUCACCCUCGCAUAUUCCACCGACUCCAAUAGUGGCUUCUUCCACGACAAUGAGGUGUAUGGUGUGAAUGAUACAGCCAUGCUCCUCCAGGCGGUUGAUUCGAUUCAACUCCUCCACGAGGGGACAACGAAUUCUGAGCAAAUUGACGAUAUGAAUGCCCUGGGUGAUUAUGCCACCCUCACGCCAAACUUUGCUUCAUCACGCCAAUUGCAGGCUGUCCUCAAUUCGCCGCUACCCGAGAGCUUGGCGGAAUUUAGUACCCUCCAUUCCAAGGACUACAUCCUCUACGGAAAUUCCCCAUCUGCAGUGACACAAUCAUCUGCGUCACCCCUUCCAUCGCCCCUGGCAUACCCAACCCCACCGGCGAGCCACGAAGCUGUAGCACAGGCAUCCCCCUUCCUGGAUGACAGUCAUCAUUUUGCCGAUGUUGGUCCCUUUUUUGGGGAUGAGAAAAAACCAACGGCCUUCCUGGAAGACGUUAGCAAGGAAUUGACUGACAACGAACGCAUUAUGCAGCUAAAGAAUGAACUUUUCAGCGACAGUAAAUCCAUGCUGGAUGAAAAACCCGAUAUCUUCAAGGAGGAUCCCGAUAGAGAUCGUUUGCGUGAUUUGGCGUUCCUCGAUGAACCCGAUAGUUUCCUCGAAGAUGCCCAGAACCCAUCAUCACCGCUCUCGGCGGCAUUCUUUAGUGCAACAAUGUCAAGUGCUGAGGAAGUCAAGGAGGCCCUCCAGGAAGUUCUGCCCAAUGAGAAUUUAACUGAGGAAACAGCCACGGAAACUGAUGAUAUUGAUCUGUACUACCUGCCCAUGUGCAAUCUCCAAUCACAGAUGAUGCCAAAUUCAGAUGAUCCCCUCCUGUCGUCGUCACCGAAGGAGUUUGUCAGUCGACCAAAUCGAUUUGAAUUUGGCGUCUUCUGCCCACCAAGUGCUAAGCGUACAAAAGGUAAUAAUACCAGCGAUGAUAAUGUGCAGCCCACCGCAACACCACUAACCGUCCAAACAGAGCAGCCUCUUCCACCGAAGGAUAGUGAGGUCUUCCUCAGCCCAAGCAGCAUUUCCUCCGCGUCAACACCAUCGCCGAAAAUGCUGCCGCUGGCAAGUCUUGUGACACGAAAACGCCACCACACGGAACACUAUGCGCGUGUUUAUGAGAGAUUCCGGUCGCGCCUGAGAAAUAUCAAUACAUCCCACUUUACACCAUCCCCAAUUCUCAAUCCAAGUCGAAAUGCAUCCGGGAUUUAUUUUUGCUUGAUAAAGGAUGGCCUUCAGGAGGAGGAUGACUGUCUCCUGUCGAGUAGUGAGGAUUUAACAAAUCUCCUGGACAGCCCACGAAUAAACAUUGGGGUGAAUCAUCAAGCGAGAAUACCGGAAUGUGUGGAAAGAGACACAGUGGAGGAUGAUGAGCAGGAAAAUGCGGAGGAUAUUUUGCAAUGGGAUCCAACUUUUGUCACCGAUGAACGUCAAUUGCGACGAUAUGUGGAACUGUCGAAAAGCUCUGCUGUACCCAUGGGGACGCAUUCAGAGGAGAUGGCACUCAAGACCCUCAUGGAAUCCCAUGGGGAGAUCCACAAAGCCAUCCUGGAGCUCCUUCAGGCACCUGCAACGGCACUCCAUAAGCGCUGGACACCGCAAGAGAUUAAACUUUUCCUCAAAGGACUCGAAACUUUCCGCAAGGACUUCUACAGAAUAAGCAAAGAGAUUCCACACAAAUCAACGGGUGAUUGCAUCCAAUUGUACUACUUCUGGAAGAAGCUCUGUGUGGAUUACAAAUUAACACACUUACAGCAAAAUAACCAGCGGCGAAUUUCCCACGAAUUGAACAACAAUGCCCCACUUGUCUUUGGGACCGAUUCACACCACACCCCAUCCACCCUUUCGCAUACAUCCCACACGGAUAUUCGACCCCACAUCUGCGAAAUGCCAGAUUGCUCAGCUAGCUUCUCGAGCAAAGCCGCCCUCCAUGGACAUACAAAGUUACAUUGCAUGGGUCGAAGCAUGAAUGUCUCAAGCAGUGCCAGCACAUCAUCCAGCAGCAGUAGCGGUUCCACCGUUAAGGAUGAUUUCCCCUGCAAGGUGUGCGGCAAAGUUUUCAACAAAGUGAAGAGUCGGAGUGCCCAUAUGAAAUCUCAUCGGCCACAGGAUUCAGAUUCGAGCACAGCUUGAGCCUCCACUUGUGAUCCAUUUCACCGUUGACAGAAAAGCACACACAACACACGGAAAAAAGGCUCUAAAUAUAUAUAAUUAAAUCUCCCCCUCCCCUCGAACAUCUUGAAGCUCCUCUGGUGGACUUUUUUGCCGAAACCAUGAUGGAUGAAAAGGGUGAGAUUUUUUUUAAUUGUAUAAAAUGGUGUGUAAAUGAUUUCAAAGAAGAAAAAUCUUUUAAGGAAAAAGAAAUUAAUGACAAUCUAUUUUUAAAAAUAAAAAAAAGAGAAAUAAAAUACAUUCUGCACUUAAUCUAAUACGAGACUUAAAAAUGCCACAAAUGUGCAUAAAAUUUAGUGAACAAAAAAAUAUGUUAAAGCGAAAGAGGAAAAAUUAUUAUAGAAUAUUAAUAUUAUUAAUAAGAUGAAUCUCGCGUAUAAAAAGACGACACAUUUUCUGCUUAAAAAAAGCACACAAGAUUACACAAAAGAAAAACUUACAAAAUGAGGAAAUAAAAGUCAAUAGUUAAAAGGAUAUUCUUGGGUAAAAAAAACUAACUAAGGUAAUAAAAUGUAUUUUUAUUGAAAGCCAACAAGUGCGUAUAAAAGAGAUUAGACAACAGCCCAUUAGAGAUUUACAUAAUUUUUUUUAUUAAACCUCAAAGAGGAAUAAUUUUGAUUUUAGUGCAAUAGCUGAAAGAUUUUUCUUUUCAGAGACAAAAAGGUGGGAAAAAUCAAAAAAUAGAUUUUUUGGAUAAUAUAUUUUUGAGAUAAAAAAAAAGUUAUCAAAUUUCGCAGCUAAAUAAGAGAAAGCUAUAAAAUAAAACCAGACUAUAGGUUAACCCAUAGAAAAGACACAUUAAUUGUAAAUAGAAUAUACCUAAAGUAAAUGAAAAAAAAACUCUCAUUUAUUUAUGUGACCCUUGACCGCCCCCCUUAAUUUUUCUUCUUUGGAUUUGUUUUUGUUCAAUUCGGCAAAAAACGGGGUGCGUUGAAAUAUUAAAAAAUUAAAUGAGAUGUUGGCUAGAGAAAAAAAAUGCUACAGAAAGAGAGAAAAUCUAUAAGUUCAAUAUAAAUUUAAUUAAAUACAAAGAAGUUGUGUGAAAAUGUAUUUGUGUAAUUAAAUAAAAGUAAUUAAAAAAAACAAGAAAUAUGAAGCCAAAUUUUUACAUAGAAACGAGAGAGCGCGGUCAAUAAAACUUUUCCAGUAUUAAAAUAGACAAUUUCAUGAAGAAGAAAAGAAAAGAAAAAAAUAAUGGUUAUAUCUUAGGUAAAUAAGUGUUAAUUCGAUGUCCCUGAAUUUUAUUACAAUUAAAUUAUUGAAAAGAAGAAGUAAAAAACCUAUAAAUAAUAAAUUUAUCUGUAAAACCAAAAAGAAACCCAUCAAUAUCCCCCAAACACUCACAUAAUAUAUUGCAAAAAAAAAGAAAAAUUAUGUGUGUAAAAGAAAAUGGAGAAAAGAAAUAUUUAAGAAUUAUUUUGGAUAUAUUUAAAAGUGAAACAAGAAAAAGCAAAGAAUUAAGAACUCUUUCUACAUUAGAUAUUUAUAUUAAAUGGAUAAAAGUAGUACCUACCUAUUACCUAUCUCUAACUUUAACCCCUAAUAUGGUUGUUUCCCCCCCCCCCCACCCCCUAGUGCAAUUUUUAGAUCAAUUUUUGAAAUGGCAAUAAUUUUUAUGUGAAUUUAUUUAUUAAAAAAAAAGUAAAAGAAUUUCUAAGAAAAUUUAAUUAUCGCAUCUAAUAUAUUAAACCCUCAAGCAAUCCAAAACUAGGUUGUUUAAUUAUUUAUUUCAUAUCUCAAGAAAAAUUGAUGAAUUUAGUAGGAGUAAAUGAAUUUCUUUAUUUUAUGUUGUUCACGUUGUUGAAAAAGAAAAAAAAAUGUCAAACCAAAUGUGCAUGAGUGUGUAUACAAUUUCUAAAAGAAUGUGAAAAAUUUAACGAUUAAAUAAAACAUAAAAAACGGCCUGCAAGAAUUUAAAAAAAUUAUUUUUAGUGAAAAGUUUUUAAAAGAAAAAAAUCAACAAUUUCUCUUUUUUUUUAAAUUAACAAAAAAAGACAUUAAAAUAUUUCACUAAUUUAUUUAAAUUAUUUUUUCUCAUAUAAAGAUACAGUAAUAUAUGUAUUUAACAUGGAAUAUAUAAUAUUAAAUUAUGUACAAAAUAUUGUACUUUGAGCGUUAUAGAUAUAAAAAUUAUAUUAUAUAUUGAAUUAGUAGGGAGAAAGGGAUGGAAAUAUUAGAAAAAAAAUGAAAGCUCACUCAUGAAAAUUGUCCAUGUAAGAAAAUAAAGUGAAUGAAAGAAUAAAAAAAUACUACACAAAAGUAUUAAUAAUGCUCAUAAGGUGAAGAAAAUGGAAACUUAAGUGUAUGUAUGUAGUAGGUAUAAGCUGAAAAAAAAGUUGUUGACUAUUUUCUAUAAAACUCUUUAUAAAUAGAAUUAAAGUAAUAUAUACAUAUAUAUAUAUAUAUAUAUAUACAUAUAUAUUUAUAAUGUACUGCCUAAUUUGAUAAUCAAAAAGUUUAAGAAAAAAAAUUAGUGGUGAAAAUUGAAUAUUAAAAAAAAAAAAGAAAAAAUGUGUGUAACCGCCAAUUGAAAAUGAUUUGCCAAAAGAGGAAAAAAAAAGAGAUAGAAACUCUUUCUUCAUAAAUAUAUUUUCUUCAAAAUAAAAAUAAUUAUAUAUAAUUAUUCUUUUCUCGGAAACAGCCAUCGAAACGUGUGUUUAUGUACAAAAUGCUACAGAAGAAAAUUACUUAUAUAAAUAGAUAACAACACUAAAUCAAACUUUUUAAACGAAAUAAUUAAAUUUCCAUGAGAUAAAUUUCAUCAAGAAUUUAUUUUAAAAAAUAUAUAUUUUCAAGAGAAAGGAGUUUAUGCAUUGAUCUUUGAGAAACUUCCUCAUUCGUCAAACAAUUGGGAUAUGUUUCAACUGGUAGACAACCGAAGAAAGCUUUAGAAAUCGUGAAAGAAAUUACCCAUUUUCCCUUAGAAUCACAUAAAAAAAUUCGAAAAAAAAUCACAGCUAGAAGCCAGCAAAAUUUCAAAAAGUUUCAUUUUGACCUCUUGCACAUCGACAAGAAAGAUACAAUAAUUUAAUGCCCUUUUUUAAAUCUUAAAUUAAUAAAUUUUUGAAAAACGGUCAAGCGGUUCGGUCGUGGCAGCCAUUUCUGUGAAUCACAGUAAAAGAAAUACAUUAGGCCUAAUUCAGCGAUCAAGAAACCCUUGAAAAUCGUUUAAAAUCUUGAAAUUUCAGUACAAAAUUCAAAGAUUUCAAGGGUUUCUUGGUCCCUGAAUUAGGCCCAUUAUUGAGUAUUUCUUAGUGAUAAAAUCUUUUGAUCAGAAAAUUAGAAUUCCAGUCAAAGUGUUCUGCUUUUGAUCAGGAGAAUGUUCCGUUUUGGUCAGACGAAUGUUCUUUUUUUGGUCAGUAUAAUGCUAAUUUUGGUCAAAAUUAAAAUGUUGCAAUUCCAAGAGGAAUGUUCCAUUUUGCCAGAAAAAUCUUCAAUUUUGAUCAAGUAAAUGUAUGAUCAGCAUAAAAAGAAAUUGAUAAGUGAAAUGGGUAAAUGGUCAAAAGAAUAACAUUUUAUGAACAAGAAAAACGACAUUUUCUGACUAAAAUUAACAUUCUUUUAACCAACACAGAACGUUCUCCUGAUUAAUAGCAGAAUUUUUUUGACCAAAAUUCUAAUUUUCUGAUUAAUAGAUGAGGCCUAAUUCUUAGGCUGUGGUUGAUUGAUUUUAACGAAAUUGGAUUUAAAUGUUAGUUAACCUCUAAUUGUGAAAAAAACAAUCAUCCAAAUUUGAUAUAUUCUUUCUAUUUUUUUUGGUGAUCCUUUAUUAAAUCUGUUGAUUUUUUUCUAGGAGAUCUGAGUGGAAAAUGAAGAGAUUCUUAAUCGAUUUCUAAAGCUUUAUUUUAUUCUCUACAAAACAAAAUGUGUCAAAAUUUUUUUUUCAUUGAAGAAUUUUUAAUUAGGCCAAUGCAUAAACUCCUUUCUUGGAAAAUUUCUCUCGCACAAAAUCAAUAAAAGAAAAUGCUUUUUAAUGUUAUAUUUUCACGACAAAAAGAAUCCUUCUAAUAAUUGUUUUUCUAGUCAAUUUGUGUUCAAUAUUUCUGUCAUAAAUAAACCACCUUUCUACCUUCCUCCACCCCCACCCCCCUUCAAAAAUGAUGACGUAAUUCCUUAUCUGUGGUACCUGCGUGCAAUCGCGCGGAAAAAAGCGUCAUACUCUGUGUUGUGAUUUUUCAGAGACAUUAAAGAAGAAGAAAAAAAAACAAGUAAUUACGCAAUGUGGGAAAAAUAAUGAUGAAAAAAAAACAAACACCUUAUAAGACACACAAUAUUCUGAAAAUAAGUGAAAGAAAAAAAUCUUACUGUCCUCCAUAAAUGUUUAGGGCACGAAAAAUAAUUUUUGUACUCUCUUGUAUAAUAAAAUGAGUUUUGUGCUGAUUUUUUUUGUAUAUGAAAAAAAAGAUUAAAUAAUAAAUUUUCUUGGAUAAAAAAAAACAUUUAUAGUAAUUGAACGUAUUUGGGUGUUAUAUAGUCUUUCUACCUCCUGAGAAAAAGCAACAUUUAGAUGAAAAAAAAAUGAAAAUUGAAUAAAAAAUUAAGUAAGAAAAGUCUUUAAAAACAUAUCAGUUUUUAGAAGCGUUGUGGAAAUGCCAAAAACAAUUGUUGUAUUAACUGUACCUUCUUACUAGAAUUUGUAGAAGUAUUUUAAAAGGAAAUAAGAAGAAAAAUAAUGAAGAAAAGAUCGAAAUAAUAUUUUGAGAAAUAGCAAAAAAAAUAUCUUCCAUCAUUUUUCUUUUGCUUCUUUCAACACCAAAUACGCAGAAUUUCUUCAAAAUUCAUUUUGCUUUCUUAUUUAUUUCAAUAAAAAAAAAUAAAAGAAAAUAACAAUUGUAUGACAAAGAAAUUACUAACUCUUCAAAGAAGUAAUUUAUUAAAGAAAAAAACACAGCUAAUAAAGAAACGUGAAUAAAUGAAAUAAACUAAUAGAUUUAGGUAAAUGACAAUCCUAAUUUUUAUGUAUAUAAAAGUAAUAUUCAAAACCCCAGAAGGAAAAGAAAAAAAUCUCUUUUUAUGACUAUCGAUAUAGAAUAAAUAAAAAAAGAAAAGAAAGCAUGUAAAAAAUAUUUAAAAUAUAAAGUGUUAUUAUAAAGCUCAUAAAGAAAAAAAGAAUGUAAUGUUUAACACAAUGUGUUUGUGAGUUUCUCUCUUAAAACUUCACAAAAAAACCCUCCUACAUUUUUUUUUCUAUUCCUAUUUUCAUUUAAUCUGCAAAUCAUUACCAACAUCUUGGAAUAGAAAAUAUUAUUUAAAAGAAAAAAAGAUAGCUGACAUUAUUAAUUUGUCAGGAAAUUAAAGAAAAUUAUGGAUAUAAUAGCGAAAAGGAAAGAAAAAUGCAAAUUAUGUAUUUUUGUACACACUAAAGAAACAAACAAAAACAAAAAGUAAAUUCCACAUUUUCACUACAUAAAAGAAAAUCCCGAAUAGAUUUCUAAAUUAAUAAAAAAAAUAAGAAAACAACUUUUGAGCAGUAGAGAAAAAAAAUCAUUAAUAGAGAAAAUAGUCAAUGAAUUAAAAUCAUCUUGAAUGGAUAUGCUAUUCCAUAUCUAAUUUUCCUUUUUUUUUGAAAAAUAAUUUAGGGGAUAAAGGAGUUCUAUCUAAAAAGUAAGAAAUAGCCCCUGAUUCCCCUAAAUCAUUUUCACAUUACAUCCAAUUAAAGUUGGAUUAAGUUUAAUCUCUACAGGAGACAGGUUUACAAAUGUCCAGCAAAGACAAAUAUAAAUUUAAUUUAUCUGCCAGAGAAAAAACAAACCCAGAAAUUACUUCUCAAUUAUAUUAAAAUAUUAAGAUUACCGCGUUGUAAAGACCCAAAAUUUCCCAAUAAUAAAAAAAAGUCUUUAAAAAAAAACUAAUUUUUGUAGCAUAAUAAAGCUAAAAAAAAAUCAAAUCUUCUGCCGUCUGCUGUGCCAAUUACAAAAUAACAACAACAAAAAAAUGUUAUAUACAACGAAAAUAUUGUUUUAAAUAUUUUUCUAAUCUUCCCACAGAGAGAAAGUAAAAGAAAGAAUAAACGAAGAUGAAAAUGAUUUAGAAUUUUAAUUUGGAUUUUUUUUUCGUUUCAAUUUGAUCCUUCAUUUUGCUUCAAAAAGCAAAAAGAAUUUACAUGAAUUCUCACUAGAAAUUUAACAAAGUGUAAAACAUUAAAAGUGAAAAAAAUGAAAAAUUAACUGACGAACGUCGAAUAGCAUAUCAAAAGAAACAAUAAAUAAAUUUAUAGACACGAGAAAUUUCCCCAGUAUAAUUAUAACUAAGAAGAAAGAUAAAAGAAAAAAAUCUCUAUUUAUCAAUGAAAUAAAUUUGAGACAGAACUUUAAAUUAAAUAGAAAAAAAAGCAAGAAGAGAAUAAAACGGAUUACGGUCAAUAAAAUACUAAACAGGCCUAAUAUUGAGAGAUUCAAAAGGAGAAGAACUUGAAGAAAAAAAAUGGACAUUAAUACAUUAAUAUUUUCUGAUCAUUAGAAAAACUGAAUGUAAAAGAGUUGAAGUAAAAAAAAAUAUUUAUUGUGUACUUAAAAAAAAACUACUAAAGAGUGUACUUAAAACGGCUGUUUCUGAUCACAAAAGAAGUUUAACUUUUACAAAAAAGGAGAAAAUCAAAUGAAAAUAUUUUACCUUUUUCUUUUUUAAAGUCCCUACUGUCCUUUUCAAUUCACCUUUUCUUUAUGAAAAAAAAACGUACCUAUUUAACUUUAUUUAUUUAUUUAUUUAUUUUAACUUCUCUUAAGAACUGAAAAAAUACAUAAAUUCAUGUAUUUUUUUAGAGGAAGAGAAAUCAAGCUAAAGACGCCAAAAAUUAUUUAUAGAGAAUGAAAAAAAAACUUGUAAGCUCAAUUCAAUGUCAUUAAGAUGAGAAAAAAUAAAACCGAAUGCGUAAGAGAAAAAAAAGCACAUAAAAAUCUUUUCUACUUUUGAGGAAAAAAAUGGUAAUUUUGUAUAUAAAGCAUGAACUUUUUUUUUGAAUAAGAAAAAACAUUUGCGAAGAAAAAAACAUUAUAUUUGAAAAUCUUUCUCUGUGAUUAUUAUAGAAGAAAAAAAUGAAAUAAGAAAUAUGCAAAAAAAAAUGUCUGAUAGUGGAGGAGAAAGUUUAUAAAAUAUUAUUAUAUAAUGGAAAAAAAUGAAUUAAAAAUGACAAAAAAUUAAAUAAAAAAAAUGUAUAUUUUACCUUAUUAUGUGUAUGAAAAUAUAUGUAAUGUAAAUUCUAUUUCAAAAA